AUGAGUUGUAAAAGUUGUUCUGGUACAAUAGAAAGUACUCUACAAAAUCUUUCAGGAAUCAUAAAACCUAGUAUUCGUGUAAAUUUUUUAACUGGUAAUGCUUCAUUAGAAUUUGAUAAUGAUAGCUUAACGGUUGAUCAAAUCAAAGAUUCUAUAACUUCAAUUGGCUUCGGUGUAGACUACGUUGAAGAAACCAAUAUCAAUAAUAAUAAUUCGAAUAAUAAUAAGAAUAAAAUUGGACAAAUUGAGAUUGAGAUUGAUGAAAAAUCUAAAAACGCUACUAAUACUACUAAUGCUAUUAAUAAUGAUUAUGCAACAGAAGAUUCUACUAAUAUUACAACAAAAUUUUUAAUUAGUGGUAUGAGCUGUGCUUCAUGUAUAGGCACCAUCGAGGCAACUCUUUUACAAUUAUCUGGUGUAGCACAAGUAAAUAUUAACCUAUUAACAACCGAAGCUUCCAUAAAACAUGAUCAAUCAAAAAUUGGUGUACGUGAUCUAAUGAGAAAUAUUAGUGAUAUUGGAUUUGAACCGCAAUUGCUAAAAGCCAAUAGUAGUGAUUUGCAAUUUGGAAAUCGAAUUCGCCAAAAAACAGAGAAAGAACAAAAACUUUUAAGAAAUCGAUUUUUGAUAUCAUUGUUAUUUGCAAUACCAACUUUUUUGAUAGUAAUGGUUUUCGAGAUGAUCAAACCAAAUCCCAUUAAUGACCUGUUAACCCAUCAAAUUAUCACUGGCCUGGAUGUUGAGACAUUAAUUCUUUUCUUGUUAGCAACUCCCGUUCAGUUCAUACUUGGUUAUCCAUUUUAUGUAAAGGGUUUCAAAUCAUUAUAUUAUACACGACAAGCAAACAUGGAUACUUUGGUGGCGUUGGGUACGACUGUUUCAUAUUUAGGAUCAAUGAUCAAUGUGUUGAUUCCAAUUUUUAGACAUAGUUCUGAGGCAGGCUACCAAUUUUUUGAGACUAGUAUUUUUUUGAUUACGUUCAUUUGGUUGGGAAGGUGGAUGGAGUUGAAAGCAAAAGGUAAAACUUUUGAAACGAUCACAAAGUUAAUGGAGUUGCAACCAGAAAAGGCCAUACUAGUUGAAAUCACCUACGAUAAAGAAAAUAACAUGGUUACUGAUGAGAAAGAAAUUGAUUUGGAAUUAGUUCAAGUUGGUGAUAUUCUCAAAGUAAAUCCUGGCGCAAGAAUUCCGUGUGAUGGAAAAAUAUAUAAUGGAAUAACAACGUUAGAUGAAUCAAUGAUAACAGGUGAAUCAAUUCCAAUUACAAGAACAAUAGAUGAACCAGUAAUAACCGCAACAGUAAAUCUGACAUCAAUGAUUUGGAUGAAGGCAGAACGUGUUGGUAGCGAUACAACUUUAUCACGUAUAAUAAAACUGGUUCAAGAAGCUCAAUCAUCAAAAAAAGCUCCAAUUGAAGAAUUAGCCGAUAAGAUUGCUCAGGUUUUCGUUCCAACAGUAAUAUCAAUUGCCAUUUUGGACUUUUUGAUCUGGGUCGCACUAACCAAUUCUGGAAUAGUGCCUAGUGACUGGAUCACGGAUAAUCUCAAUAAUGCAGUGUUUUCUCUAUUUUUUGCAAUUUCCGUCUUAGUGAUCGCAUGUCCUUGUGCAAUGGGACUGGCAUCACCUACUGCGAUCAUGGUUGGAACAGGUGUGGCGGCAAAACAUGGUAUUUUGAUCAAGGGUGGUGGCGAGGCGAUCGAGACAGCCUAUCGUCUUAAUACUAUAGCAUUUGAUAAGACUGGCACGUUAACGUAUGGCAAACCGAAAGUUGUGGCCAUCAAAUUUUCGUAUAAAAAUUCCAAUAAGGAAAAAAAAUAUAAAUCAUCGGCAUUGAUGGAAAUCAUUAGAUUGAUUGAGUCGGCUAGUGAUCAUCCGUUGGCUCGUGCUGCUGUACAACACAUCGAUAAAUCAUUUAUUAAACGACGUAAAAAAACAAAUAAUUUCGUAAAGUUGGAUUCUAUCACUGAAGUCCCUGGUAGAGGCCUUGAGGCUGUUGUUCGCAUUCAAAUUUUUAUUGGUAAUGAAAAAUGGAUGCAUGAAAACAAUUGUAUUUAUCCGGCUGCUUCAAUGUCAUUCAUUUUGAAUAAAUGGAAAAAAUCAGGUUAUUCCGUGGUUUUAACAGGACUAUCACGAAUCGGUUCAUCUAAAACAACAACUUAUAAUGGUUAUAUUAUGGCAAAUAUUGGUAUUGCAGAUACACCAAGACCCGAUUCAAAGAAAACAAUUGAAAAAUUAAAAUCGCUUGGUAUUGAGGUUUGGAUGAUAACUGGUGAUAAUCCCAUUACCGCUAAAGCUAUUGGUAAACAAUUGGGUAUUGAUAAUAUUUUUUCAGAGGUGACUCCUGAAAUGAAAGCUGAUAAAAUCAAAUGGUUACAACGUAAAGGUACAACUAUAUUAACAGCAACCCAAGCUAAUCAUAAUUCAUCGGCAUUAUUUUAUUUUAAUAAAUUUUUAAGUUGUUUCAGCUUUAAACACCACGAUAAUAAUAGUACCACCGUUAAAAGUACUACCAUCAUUAAACAAGCAAUAGUAGCAAUGAUCGGGGAUGGUAUUAACGAUUCACCAGCUUUGGCUCAAUCAAAUCUACCAAUCACAAUUGCAAGUGCAACGGAUGUAGCAAUUGAAUCAUCUUCAGUAAUAUUGACACGAUCAACCCUUUCCUCAUUGAUAACCUUGUUAUCAUUAUCAAAAACUAUUAUUUGGCGAAUCAGGUUGAAUUUUCUCUGGGCUUAUAUUUAUAACUCAUUGGCUAUACCUAUUGCUGCUGGUGCAUUCUUCCCAUUGUUCAAACAUGGUUUAAGACCUGAAUAUGCUAGUUUGGCUAUGGUUGCUAGUUCUACUACUGUAGUUGUUAGUAGUUUGAUGUUAAAGAAUUAUAAAGAACCAAAUUAUUAUUAA